AUGGACUCAACACCUCUACUCAUCGGCUCGGGUAGCCUUCCCGGCCCGACCGUUCUACAGGACCAUCCUGUGUUCCUUCGUGCCAGCCAUUCUCCAUGGUUCUGCAUCCCGCAAAACGUUCUCGUUUUCUUCCGGGGGCUCAUUCUUGCAUACCUGGUGGCCACCGGUUGCCUGAUUCUUAACUACGAGCUUACGGAAGAUACGACUCUAUCCAACUAUCGACUUUUUUUCGACUUUGCGAUUAUCAGCUUUGUCUUGGUUCUCUUGUACUACAUCAUCACGUUUUGCUGGACCUUCACUCACUUGUACUACCCAGAUGUGGAAGAGGUAGAUGGACGCCUUGAAUGGAUCAUCAUCAGCAUGAUGUCUCUACCCAGAAAUCUGGCUAGCCUGCGCAAGCAAUUUUACUUCUCUUUGUUUUAUACCACUACAGUCGUCUUCGCUUUUAUGAAUACGGUAAUCUACUGGUUCAUUACGCGACCGCAUGAUAUUGAGACGGCACCUGUCAGUGAUAUUUUUGGCCAAGGGUGGUUCAAGUCCUUCUGUAUUCUCAACCUGUAUGGGAUUACGGCCAUCAUUAUGAUCAUUGAGAUACUCUUUCUCAACAGCAUCAAACGGCCAUUUUCAAUCUAUGCCCAUAUCUUUAGUCUCCUCGUGCUCGCAGGUCUCUUCCUUGCCUGGGCCGCCAUCGGAAGAGCAGCCACCGGCGUGUACUCGUUCUUCUGGCUCGAUCCACAGGAGGUUGGCUCCCAAGAAGCGGUGGCGGCAUACUGCAUCGGCUUUGUCCUCCUGGCUCCCAUUUGCUUUAUCUUCAUGCAGGGCUUUGUUGGCAUUCGAGAGUCGCUCACUCGACCCCGCGUCAUUCUACAAGCAGCCCCGCUGGAGGCCUAG